AUGGAUGGUUUAAUACCAAUGGCGUUUAGAGCCGUGAAGAAGAAUCUAACUCGCCGUCGUUACGAGUGUCUCUCCUCCUCCGCCACAACUCGUGAGUCUUACGACUUCGUCUCCGACAAUAUCGCAACGAACGUCGACGGUCACCAUCGCCGUGCCUGGUCCCUCGGAGAUUUCUCAUCGUUAUCAACUCGGGAAACCAAAAGAAACGGUCCGGAGAAGGGUUGUUCUCCUCCGCGGGAAGGUCAACUCGUCAACUUCAUACUAGGUCGGCUCACUGCCAUCUGUGUUGAAGGCCAAGACGGCGGUGUUUCCCGUGAGCAUAUCUGCGCAGGACUUCAGGUGAACACCACUUUGACUUCCCGGAGAUCAAAUUCACUUGAAGAACACAGUUUUCUCGGAGUUGAGCUCAAGCUGGAUCUCGUGAAAGUAUGUCUCUAUGUCUCUGCUUUUAUUUGA